ACCCCAAAUAGGGUUUUUGAUGUACAUUCCUCUCUGGCCGCUGUUGAAAAAACAUCUGUGUGCGUGUGCGUGGACCAGCACACGGGAUAGGGCUGCAGUGCGUGGGCCAGCACCUUGGGCAACGCACAGCCCACUGGGCCAGCGAGCUGCAGCCCCCGCCUAACUCUAGACGUGUCUCCAUCCUUCACCCAGGCAUACCGGCCGCUGCUCCAGGCCUCCGCCAUCCCAAGGCCUGAGAUGACACCCAACAGCACCGGGGAUGUGCCUGGCCCCAUCCCCAGGGGCGCCCUGGAGCUGUCGCUGGCCCUGGCAAGCCUCAUCAUCGCAGCCAACCUGCUCCUGGCACUGGGCAUCGCCUGCGACCGCCGCCUGCGCAGCCCACCGGCCGGCUGCUUCUUCCUGAGCCUGUUGCUGGCCGGGCUGCUUACGGGGCUGGCACUGCCCACUCUGCCAGGGCUCUGGAGCCACAGCCACCGGGGCUAUUGGUCCUGCCUGCUCGUCUACUUGGCCCCCAACUUCUCCUUCCUCUCCCUGCUCGCCAACCUCCUGCUGGUGCACGGGGAGCGCUAUGUGGCAGUGCUGCGGCCACUCCAGCCUCCGGGGAGCACCCGGCUGGCCCUGCUCCUCACCUGGACCGGCCCCCUGCUCUUUGCCAGCCUGCCAGCCCUGGGCUGGAACCACUGGGGCCCUGAGGCCAACUGCAGCUCCCAGACCGUCUUCCCAGCGCCCUACCUCUACCUCGAAGUCUACGGGCUCCUGCUGCCAGCCGUGGGGGCCGCGGCCCUUCUCUCGGCCCACGUGCUGCUGGCCGCCCACCGCCAGCUGCAGGACAUCCGCCGGCUGGAGCGGGCCGUGUGCCGCAACGCGCCCUCCGCCCUGGCCCGGGCCCUUACCUGGAGACAGGCGAGGGCACAGGCUGGGGCCACGCUGCUCUUUGGGCUGUGCUGGGGGCCCUAUGUGGCCACGCUGUUCCUGUCGGUCCUGGCCUAUGAGCAGCGCCCACCUCUAGGGCCCGGAACUCUGCUGUCUCUCCUCUCCCUGGGCAGUGCCAGCGCGGCGGCCGUGCCUGUGGCCAUGGGGCUGGGUGAUCAUCGCUACACGGCGCCCUGGAGGGCGGCCGCCCGGAGGUGGCUACGGGGGCUGCGGGGAAGAGGCUCCCAGGCUAGCCCUGGCCCCAGCACCGCCUACCACACCAGCAGCCAAAGCAGCGUGGACGUGGACUUGAACUGAGGGGCCUCUGCCGCCUCCCACCAGAAGCACCCAGCUUGGCCACCAAGCCCCUCGCUGCUAGUGCCCGCUUCUCUGACGCCACCCGCCAGCUCUGCUGGCCAUGACCUCAUUCCCUGUAGCAGGAAGGGAGGGGCACGUGGCCGAGUCACGGAAAGAACCUGGAGACGAGCACGCACCGAGGGAGACUCCCGCUCCAUGCACGCGGGAGCGGGUUCCCGGCCGCCUCACCCCGCCGUGGCCUUUACCACUUCCGCCGCACGCCCCACCACCCCAAACUCCACAGACGCCGCC